AUGGCUUCAAUCCCCAAGAGUUCCAUAAGUGGAACGGAAGGCGAUACUACCGUUCCCAGGCAAUACGAUGUUAUCGUUGUUGGAGCUGGGUUUUCUGGGAUUUCGAAUCUGCAUCGGUUGAGGAAUGAUGGGUUGAAGGUGCAUGUGUUUGAAGCAGGUUCCGAUUUCGGCGGCGUAUGGUACUGGAACCGCUACCCCGGCGCCCGCGUUGACUCCGAAACGCCAUUCUACCAACUCAACAUCCCCUCUGCCUACAAAUCCUGGAACUUCUCCAGCCGCUUCCCCGACCACCGCGAACUCCGCAAAUACAUGGCCCAUUUAGACUCCACACUCGACCUACGAAAAGACGUGAGUUUCAACUCCCGCGUGAAUAGCGCGACCUGGAAUAAAGACCGCAGGGACUGGACCGUGACCGCGGAGGGAGGGGAAACCGCGUCAGCGCGGUGGCUGAUUCUUGCGACGGGGUUGUUGCAUCGACGGCAUUAUCCCGAGUUUCCUGGAUUGAAGGGUUAUAAGGGUGUGAUACACCAUUCUGGUUUCUGGCCCGAGGAUUUAAGUGUUAAAGGGAAGAAGGUAGCUAUCAUUGGUGCCGGCGCGACAUCCGUUCAAAUCGUACAGGAACUAGCCAAAGAAGCAGGACAGCUUACUAUGCUGAUGCGUCGACCCUCGUAUUGUCUUCCCAUGGGGCAACGCAAGUUUACAGAAGAAGAGCAGACGGGGUGGAAGGGGUAUUACCCUAGCUUGUUCAGCAUGGGAAGGAAUUCUGCGGUGGGGUUCCCAACGACGAGGACGCAGUUAAGAGUGCAAGAUGUGCCUGAGGAAGAGAGGGAGGGCUAUUUUGAGGAGAUUUGGGGGAGUGGAGGAUUUCAGUUUCUGUUGAGAAAUUAUAGUAAUGUUAUGUUGGAUAAGGAGGCGAAUAAGGUUGUCUACGAUUUUUGGAAAAGGAAAAUCCGAGAGAGAUUAACAGAUCCCGGAAAACAAGCUCUCAUGGCCCCAGACACGGCCCCCUACUACUUCGGUACCAAGCGCUGCCCGCUCGAAAACGACUACUACGAAAUGCUCAACAAACCUAAUGUCUCCAUCAUCGACCUUAAUGUCAACCCCAUCUCUACCUUCACGCCUGGCGGCAUCCAACUCUCCGGCGAGGCCCAGGCGCGAGACUUCGAUUACGUUAUCCUAGCCACGGGCUUCGACUCAUUCACGGGAUCGCUAACGCACAUGGGGCUGAAAAACAAAGACGGUGUGGAUAUAAAAGAUGUUUGGAAAGACGGUGUGAAGACAUAUCUAGGCAUGAUGAUUCACGGUUUCCCAAAUGCGUUUAUGGUAUACUCACCACAAGCACCUACCGCGCUAUCAAAUGGUCCCACCAUCUUAGAAGCUCAGACUGAUUUUAUAUGUGAUACUAUCACCUCCACCGGCGCGGAGGGUAUGAAAGCACUAACGGGAGCGCCUGUCAUCGAACCCACCCUAGAGUCGGAAACAGAGUGGAAGGAUAUGAUAAAUGCUAUGAACCAACAUACGCUGUAUCCGUUUACGAGUUCGUGGUGGACUGGUGGGAAUAUACCGGGGAAGAAGGCCGAGAACAUGACGUUUGUGGGCGGGAUUGAUGUUUAUGAACGUGAGUGUAGGGAGAGGAUGAAGGGGUGGAGGGGUUGGGACGUUGCUGCUGGUUGA